GAAGCUGCUAACCGCCAAUCUUUGCAUGAUCUCACCCGGUGCCUGUGUGAAGCUCUCCGUGGUGUUGGGACUUAGCGGCCUGGCCAUCGCCGUGAUCCUCCUCGUCACGCAGAGCUGGCUGCAGUGGCUGGUGUUGAAGAUCCCCUAUCCAGGAUCAAUCUGCUUCCUGGUGUAUUUCAUCCUCGGAAUGCGCGUUUGCUGUGUUCUUCUGGGCACGAUGCGUGUUGUGAGCGCAGGCGUGCUUCUCACCUUGGUGGGCACGGGCGUCGUGAAGACCAUCGGAACCAGCAUUCUCGGUGCCAUGUCCGGGCUUGGCUUCCUCUACAUCGCCAUGAUCCCCAUUGGACAGCUGCUGACAGCAAUUAUCCGGCGCAUUGCCCCGCACAUCGUGCACGAUGCCCAGGAGAAGCGCAUGCAGCAGUUUUUGCCCCUCUUGCCGGGCUAUGAUAUCGUCUGCCUUCAAGAGCUGACUGUCGCCUGGGGCCAGGACGACUGGGUUACUGCUCUAAAGGACUUCGCCAAGUCUGCUGGGCUGCGUUACUUUGCUUCCAGUGGGAAGUGGCCGCAGUUUCCGGCCUUCUUUGCCGCCGCCGGCCUAGUAAUCCUCUCGAAAUACAACAUCAGAAGGAGUGAGCUCUUGACUUUCUCUCGCCAAUCCUGGUUUGAGUGGAGUGCUGUCCAACGUGGCGCUCUCAUGGUCGAGCUGGAUGGACCGAAAAACAAGAAGAUCGCCGUGAUUAACGUGCACACCACAGCAGGACUGGAGGUCGUCCGAACCGGCAUGCAUCUUUCGAAGCAGGUUGCGGAAGGCAACGCCAAGGUGAACCCUACUGGCCUGAAGCAGCUCGAGGAGGCCCUCCGCCAAUUCGAAGAGUUCUCGAAGGGUGCUGAUCAGCGAAUCUUCUGUGGUGAUUUCAACCUCAGCAAGGACUCGGAUUCCCUCCAAAGCUUCUUCGAGCAGGCGAAAGAGAAGUUGAAGCUUGUGGACCAGUAUGCGGAUUGCCCACCUACUUUCGGUUGUGUUGACGACGACGGGAAGCCACGUGAGACACUGCUCACGAAGCACACGAAAAAAUGCCGCCCACGGUGCAUCGACCACGUUCUGUCUGAUGUGAAGUGCAAGGCAGCCCGGGUGGAUAACAUGACUGCGAAGCCGGAGGAUGCUGCAAAGUAUGGAUACCA